CAACAAUUUGUCACAAUAUAUCAAAAUUUCCAUGUGUACAUUUUAAAAUCUUGAUUCAAAUAAGGACAAAAUAAAUGUUUUGUAUCCAAAUUCCUGUAAAUAAACCAUCAAAGUGGCACGCAAAGGCAACAAGUAUCAAAUAUGGGACGUGAAAUGUGUAAAAGAAGGACAGCGCCUGUUUUUAAAAAAUUUAGACAAUAAGGGCUCUAUAAACAUUUCGAAAGAAAAGGCAAAUGCCAUGGAAGUGAUCAUAGAUGGAUGCCGUGUAACACAGAUACAAAAACUGCUCCGAGAUAGAGACAUCGCCUUCGAAGUGGCCGAUAGCAACAGAUCGUGUAACAAAAGUCCUACCCGCAUCACACCUCAUUCUUCUAGCAUUGUGCCACCAGGGCCGAGACCAAGAUCGCCUAGAAGUUCGAUCGAUUGGAAAGACUACUAUCCGCUUAAAAAUAUUUAUUAUUUCAUGGAUAGUCUAGAAGUGCGUUAUCCGUCAACGUGCACCGUUUCCACUAUAGGCCAGACGGUAGAAGGACGAGACAUAAAGAUGUUAAAAAUUUCCAACAGCAGUGCCGGCAACACUGGCGUGUGGAUCGAUGGUGGCAUACACGCGCGUGAGUGGAUAUCCACUUCUGUUGUGACUUAUAUUGCCGACCAACUAGCAAAGAAUAUGGACAACCUGCCUGAGUACAUUACUAACAAAGAUUGGUAUUUUCUUCCUGUCGUGAAUCCGGAUGGCUACUUUUACUCUCAUACUAGCGAUCGAAUGUGGAGAAAAAAUAGAGCUCGAAUAGAAAACACGGUUUAUGGCGUCGAUUUAAACAGGAAUUUUGGAUAUCGCUGGCUAUUGAGAGACAACGAAUGCCAUGGGGAUGAUCCAUCUCAUAUAAAUUAUCGUGGAGUUGAACCAUUUUCGGAGCCAGAAACUGCAGCAAUCAAGGAUCUAAUACUAUAUUCUGGUGUUCCAUUCAAGAUAUUCCUAACAUUACACGCGUACAGUGAAGUGAUUUCUUUUCCUUGGUGCUUUACAUCGGAGCCGUGUGCCGAUUACGUUAACUUAUUAGAGGGUGCUACUGCUAUGGCCAAAGGUAUCUACGAUGUCAAUGGUCGCAUGUACAAAGUCGGUAAUUUCAAGGAUAUAAUGUACUCCGCAACAGGGACGAGUAUCGAUUGGAGCUAUGGUUCAGCUCGCAUACCCUUUUCGUACCUCAUCGAACUACGGAGCAAGCAGUAUAAGUUUCUACUUCCUAAGGAAGAGAUAUUGGACUGUUGCAAGGAAAUACUCGGCGGUGUGAAGGCUUUAGCUCAAUUUGUGGACAAAAAGAAAUGUUUGAAUUGUACUAUGUUUUUUAAUAAAAAUUGCUUAUAGCAUUUGGGAAUUGAA